AUGCAGUGGGAGAGCAACGAUGGCGGGUACAUGGAAGGCAGUGGCGGGUACAUGGAGUCCCAAACAACCCCGCAAAAGCAAGGUGGCACCAAUUCUCGGGACAACCAGACUCUUACCCCGCUCACUGUGCGCCAACUGGUGACGGCUGUUGCGAGCGGCGAAGACAGUCCCCUUGUCGACGGCAAGGAACUCAACAACGUUCACCUCGUCGGGCUCUUGACAGAAGUCGUGCACAACUCCACGACCAUCACGUUCGUGAUCAACGAUGGCACGGCGACGUUUGCCGCGCGAUAUUUUUUGCAAGGCGAGGAUGACCCGUACCAACAACAAUUGCUUGAGACUCUACAAGACGGAAUUUACGUAUCCGCCGUCGGGAACCUGCGGUCGUUUGGUGGCAAGACCAGCUUGUCGUGUCACACUGUGUCCCCUGUCGAAAACUUCAACCAGGUCACGCACCAUUUCCUUGAUUGCAUCUACACACACCUCCGCAACACCAAGGGUCCACUCGGCGGGGGGGGAGGCACGACGUCGCACAACUUUGGUGACACUUCAAGCCACUUUGGCGGUGGAUUCAAUGCCUUUGGGGGGCAUCAUGCAUCGUCCGGUCACCAGCAGAACUACAACUUUGGCGCGUCGGAUUCGGGGUUUUCCGACCCGGCACAGCAAGCGAUCCUGGAUAUUCUGGGAGCGAGCUCCCUCGACAUGGGUCUAUCUGUAGAUCAGAUCAAGCAGAACCUUCACGGCCGACUAACCGACGCGCAGCUCCGCGACGCGCUCAACUACCUCACGAACGAAGGGCACAUUUACUCCACGAUCGACGAAAACCAUUUUAAGCGCACGGCGUAAUAACAAUGCAUGUCGUUCUUUUUGCGGAAA